GUGCGAUGUCUGGUGAGAAGCGUAAGUGGCGCCUCUCUCUUCCUGCGCUGACUCUGCGUGCCACCGCCUCUCAUUGCAUUCCCUCUCUGACAUCAUCUCUACCUGACACUGUGAUACUUUGCCUCUGUUUCGACUGGUUGUCGACACCUUCGGCUGGACCAUGACCUCAGUUACGAACAAGGAGGUGGCGACCGCGCCUGCCAUUGUGGAAAAAGGAGAGGAGGAAGAGCACCCCUUGCAGACGGGAUGGUCGCUCUGGUACGACAAGAAGAUGCCCAAGAAGAUUGACGUGGGAACUUACCAGUCGAACUUGCAGAAGAUUGCCAAUUUCAACACGGUGGAGGACUUCUGGCGCCACUACAUCCACGUGAAGCGUCCGUCGCAGCUGAGUCGUGAUGUGAACCUUUAUCUGUUCCGUGACCAGCCGAACUGCGCGCCGAUGUGGGAGGCUUUCCCUCAGGGUGGCUGCUGGAUCCUCAAGAUCAAGAAGAAAGCCAACGUACUCGGUAAGAUGUGGCAGGACCUGGUCUUUGCCGCCAUUGGUGAGGCUUUCGAGCAGCUUGACGUCGUGGGUAUCGCCAUGGCGAUCCGCUCUAAGGAGGACAUGCUGUCUGUCUGGAACGCCGACAACUCGGACGACAACACCCGCUUUGCUAUCGGGUGCGUGUUGGGCUGA